GCUAUAAUAUUUGUUUUUUUGAAAAUUUCUUAAAACAUGUUUUUGUAUAAAAUAGCCAUAUUUUUGGCAGUAGUUACAGUUGCAUAUUCUUCUCAUUCGAUUGAUGAAUUAGAUGACCUAGAUGAGGCUUUCUUACUUUGCGUCAGAGAAUUAAAUCUUAAUAUACCUUCUCUGUUAUUACAAGGCAAUCCAGCAGAAAAUCCAAAAUUAAUGUGUUUUAAUGGAUGCAUUUAUAGACGUUUGGGUGUGGUACAAAGAGGUAAAUUACAAGUAGAUCAAGUCAAACAAUUUUUGGUCCAUUCCCCUGACCCAAGGGUUAGAGACGUGGUUAACAAAAUUUCCGAUGAAUGUGGCCUAGAAAUCAACAAAGGGUUACCCAAAGACGAAUGCACCCUUGGAGGUCAAAUAAGCAAAUGUUUUAGAAGAAAAAUGCAAGAUCUUCAUAUGGAAGCAAAUCAAAUCAAAUUUAAAUAG